AUGGCCAAGGAAUGGUCUACUAUGAGCAUCCGGUACAAGGCGCUACGAGUAACCAAUCCCCAGGGUCAGCAGAGUUCGACUUACUUCCUUCAACUUCCGUACCGAUACAGCGUGCCAUUGCUGAUCAUCAGCGCCUUGCUUCACUGGGUUUUGUCUGGGUGUAUCUACCUGCUCGUCAUGAAAGGCGGUUACUUCGACACAUACGGGUCGGAUGGACCUUUCAGCUCAGUUAUGGCUGUCGGACACUCCAUGAAGUCACUCUUCACAAUGAUGAUUUUGGCCAUAUUCUUGGCAUUCAUACCACCUGUAUUCGGCCGCAUAUCCCUGCCACCCAACACCGUCGUGCCCCGGCCAGAGAAACCCUACCACGAAUCUACGGCUGUACCCGAAGACGACGAGAUCGAGUUGCGCCGUCUCAUGGCGCCCAGUUCCAGCGUCUUGACCCGUGAUGACCAGGCAUCGGAAUCCCGGAACGACGAGGAGGUGUGGAAGGACACGCUGCUUCGUGUCUCACAGAGUAAGAUCAGAUGGGGUGUGGUGAAGAUGCCAUCAUCAUGGGAAGAGCAGUUCAACAGGCGAGACAUUGCAGUUGAGCACAUCAGUUUUGGUCUUCCAGAAGACGAUGUGCAGCAGCCUGUCGUGGGGCACUGGUAUGCAUGA